ACGAAUCUGCGCCUGUGCGGAAUCUUCUGACGUGGCUGUGAGAGCCAUUCUGGUGACCAGCUGCUCCAAAACCCCCACUGCCUGCACAUGACCAUCUCUCUCCUCUCUGUCCACUGCAGUUCUUCUCCUGUGCCAGCUUCAUAUCAAGCUUGUGGCUUGCUUGUUCCAGGAGAGUGUAUAGCGGGUAUAAACUCACAUGUAGUGCAGGCAGGCAGAAGUAGAUCC